AUGGAGUCGAGCAGCGACCUCCGCCGCCUGUCGUCGUCCUCUUGUUCCAGCAACCACGAGGCCCCCACUCCGUUGCUGACGCCUUCAGUACCGACGAACGUACAGGUCGCAGUGCGCUGUCGUCCUCUUAGCAGCCGUGAGAAGGCCGCAGGACGUGGCGCCGUCGUCCAAUGCAAGCCCCACUCGAGCGAAGUGGCGAUUGUGAAGCGCAAAACGUACACGUUUGACCGUGUGUUUGGACAGUAUUCGACCCAAAAAGACGUUUUUAACGCGGUCGUGCGGCCAGCAGUGGACGAGGCGCUGGCUGGGUACAAUUGUACUGUGUUUGCUUACGGUCAGACAGGCACAGGCAAGACGUACACGAUGCAGGGAGAUCUGACUCCAGGCAGUGAGACAGCCGGUAUCAUUCCGCGCAGUGUGCGGUGCAUUUUUGACGCGCUGGAAGCCAACGGAGAAGAAUUUAGCGUCCGUGUCUCGUUUUUGCAGCUCUACAAUGAAGAGCUGAAGGAUUUGUUAGAUCCUGAUACAGGCAAGAAGCUCCGGCUGAUGGAAGAUGCCAAGAAAGGAGGCAUUUAUUGCGUGAAUUUGCUGGAGCUCACUGCAACGACAGCGAAACAUGUUUAUGAAUUGGUCAAUACUGGCGUCAAGAACCGGAUCACGUCGGAGACAUUGAUGAACGAGAACUCGAGUCGCUCGCAUAGCAUCUUUACGAUUCGGAUCCAUAGCAAGGAACAUAACGCGGCGGGUGAGGAUUUACUCCGCGUUGGACAGCUGAAUCUGGUGGAUCUUGCUGGAUCCGAAUGCGUAGGUCGAUCGGGAGCUCGCAAUGCCAGAGCGCGCGAGGCGGGCACGAUCAAUCAAAGUCUGCUUACGCUGGGAAGAGUUAUCACAGCACUGGUUGACAACCUCCCACACGUUCCAUACCGCGAUAGCAAGCUUACGCGCUUGUUGCAGGAGUCUCUCGGAGGACGGGCAAAAACGACGAUUAUUGCAACACUCGCUCCGUGUGCAGAUAGCCUGGAUGAGACGCUCAGUACGCUGGAGUAUGCGUUCCGUGCGAAGCACAUCAAGAAUAAGCCUGAACUAAACCAAAAGAUGACCAAAUCCGGAUUGUUAAACGACUUUGAGAACGAGAUUGAGACACUUCGCGCAGCCUUGCGUGCUGCUAGAUUAAAAGACGGCGUGUACCUCCCGCUGGAACAAUACACCGACAUGCAAGAGCGACUUUCUGGCCAGGCUGUACAAUUGAUGGAGCUCGAGGAUAUACUCAAGGCAAGAAACUCGUCCUGCAAAGAGCUAGAGGAAGUUGCCGAAAAGAAUGCGAGUGAGGUGGCGGCUGUUAUGUUUGCAAAACAAGAGAUGAGCGACAAGCUGGCGGCAACACAAGUCGAACUUGUUUCAACGAAAGAAGCGGUAGCGAAAAUGUCCGAUGAGCUAGAGCGCGUAAAAGUUGCGCUUAAAGCUUUCCAAGAUAACGAGCAAGUUUUACUCGCAAAUGGAAUUAUCGCUGCGAAGCUGUAUGACGCAAGGGAAAAACAGGCUGCCCAGCUUUUGACAACGAUAGAGAAUACACAGCGCACAGAAGAAAUGAACACAGAACUUGCGAUUACGUAUCGUGGUACCACACAAUCCCAGAUCAACACUUUCUUGGAGCGACUAGCGAAACACAAGCAGACUCAAGAGAAUAUGUUUGAUGAUGUAUCAAGUUCUCUGCACGAGUUGCAAACGACUCAAUCGACGUACUUAAACGGACUUGUCACGAGUUUGAACGCGAUGGAAGGCCUCGUUGGAGCGCACAAGUUGCAGACGAUUGAAUUAGUUGCUGACGAUGAUGCUCUACGGUUAAAACAGUGUGAAGAAGCGACGACUUCGACGAGAGAGCAGCAGAAAAGUGUGCAGAAGCAGCUCGAAAAGCUCGUCAAGAUGUCCAAGUGCCACACAGCAGCUAUCAUUGAGAGUGUGUCAAACUCUGAAUCGCGAAAUGUGUCGUGCCUAGAAAAUAUGCAGUCGGCACUAGAAGGUUCCCGUGCAGAGUUGACCACCUUUCUGGCAGAGCAAAGCACGAAAUUGCAUGAGCUACAAGCAGCAAUUGACACGUCGGUCGAGAAACAAGUGAAGGAGCUUGAUGAAAGCAAGGCGGUGCUCACGGCUGCACUAAGAGACAGUCACGUUCGGCAUCAAGAAGAGCUUUGCGGCCUUAAGGAAAAUCUUGCUCAGUACAUUGAAAAGUGUAUUCAAAACCAGAACGAGAAGCUUAACGAGCAAACACUGCUUAUUGAAGAAACCGCGAAGCAUCACCAGAAACAACUCUCGUGCGUGCAGACCCUAACGGAGCAGGAAGUGAAGGGGGUCUUACAAGCGAUAGAUGGUCAAAGCGCGAAACACGUAAGUGAGACAGCUGAGCUCCGCGGACGCUUUUCUAAAAUGCAAGAUCAACUUGCAGAUACGAAUGCACAGCAGACGGAGCUAGUCCAGUCACACGAACGACUGCAGACGACACUGUGCAACGCAACUGGUGAUCUUGCAACGAAGCACACGGGGGAUGUCACCUCUUUGUCGGACAAGCACUUGCAGGUUCAUACGGCAACAUCGAAGAAGAGGCGAGAACAAUUGGUGCAAUUUGUAGGUGAACACGAAGAGCUCCGAAAACGCUUGGAUGGGGAACGCAAGGCACUGGAAGAAGGGUUUCACACUCAGGUGUUAAGCACAAAAGGCAAGGUUGAGCUUAUUUCAGCGCUUGGCAAGGAUGUUGUUGGCGAAGCUACGGUGGCAUCGAACCAGCAACUGCAAGACAUGGAAGCGUACAUGAAGAAACGAAAGAUCCAUGCUAGAUCCGGAUUCACGCCAACAAAGAAUGAUGACCAACCGUUUCCAUCCUUCAAGUCCACCAACCUUUCAGAUCUGCAGUUGGAUGGUAAGACCAACCCGACCAGCCGUACCAGCUCGCCAAGCAGUACUGAGCCUGGCCGCAAGCGCCAGAGGACGAACGAUGGCAUUCCAAGCACCUUCGAUAAUGACACGCGUUCAACGGAAGACUGUGCCGCCCCAUGCCAACGCAACGCUUCAGUCAGCACAACGACAAGCCAAGCUACUGUUGGCAUCACAGCAUCGCACACUGAUGAAGACACUCGAUGUGCUGACACAGUAUCAUCCACCGAGUGUAUGGAUGCAAGUGGAACAAGCCUGGAAGCUCGCUCCACUGAGGCCAAAUCCGUCGUCACGCCGUCCAAGCUCAAGAAAGCAGCAGUGUCUGGAAUGCACAAAAAGAAGCUGCCCACAGUCACUACGAUAAAUCGAAGCACGAAGGUGCCAAGUGCCGGUCCAGCAUCUCGCAAGACUACGACAACGUCAUCCCUAACCAUUCCGAAACGAUACCGAAUCAAGUCGCCUGUAGGUGACCCGACAACCAAUUCCCGCUAG